AUGGAAAGCAAACAAGGAAAUGAAUAUGAAGACUUGUUGCCAGUAAUGGCAGAGAAGCUAGAUGUGGAUGCUUUUGUCGAAGAACUUUGUGGUGGAUUUCGGGUUCUGGCGGAUCCUAUGAGUGGCUUGAUUACUCCGCAAAGUUUGCAGAAGAUCUCGGCGUUCUUGGGAUUCGAAGGGAUGAGCAAAGAAGAUGCUGAGGCGAUGGUGAAAGAAGGUGAUAUUGACGGAGAUGGAGCGCUUAAUGAGAAAGAAUUCUGCGUACUUAUGGUGAGACUGAGUCCAGAAAUGAUGCAGGAUGCAGCAGCAUGGCUCGAGAAGGCGAUGCAACAAACCUCCUAG